AUGAGAAACUCAGAGAGGCGUUGGCAGCUCAGAACUAGCUCAAGAGAGUUUUCAGGUCGAGAAAUUCCGAGCUGUUCAACGAAGGGAGAGUUUCUACUCAACCAGCAAAACCCGUCUCCAGAAUCUUUACUCCACAUAUCAAACCAGAAGCCACUGCUGUUGCCUUUGCAGCAUCUAGAAAUUUUUGAGAAUUAUCACCUAUCUGGAGAUCGGUGGCCGGUGGCUUCCAAAGCACAGUCGCCGGUCUCUCCUUUCUUUCUUCCUUCUUUCUCCCUCUCUUCUCCUCCGUCGCUCUGCUCGUGGAGGUUGUUUAUUUGGCUUUUGCUUUGGCUUCGCCUCUGGGCUCUAUCGUUUGUUUGUGCAGUCGCGGCGGACCGGUCGGCCGAUCUCUCGUGGUCCGGCUCAAUAGAGCGACGGAGCGGUUCUGCCGAUUCACCACAGAGCUCUGUUUGGCUGGUCGCUCCCUCCGGUGUUCUAGUUCACGAGUUUGGGUUUUAG